AUGAGCGACUUCAACUAUGGAGGAACCGAUGAGGAGUCUGCAGAGAUCAAGAAGCUUGAUGCUGAGGUGCUCGAGGAUCCUGACAACUUCGAACACUGGGAAAAGCUGGUCCGCGCUGCCGAGUCCCUUGAAGGAGGAUUAAACCGAAACUCCAGCCCGCAGGCUAUCGCAACUACCCGCAGCGCAUACGACCGAUUUCUCGCCAAAUUCCCUCUGCUAUUUGGAUACUGGAAGAAGUAUGCGGACCUGGAGUUCUCUAUUGCGGGAACUGAAGCUGCUGAGAUGGUGUUCGAACGGGGGGUUGCGAGCAUUACAACCUCGGUCGACUUGUGGACGGAUUACACAGCGUUCAAGAUUGAGACCAGCCAUGAUCCAGACGUGAUCAGAGAACUCUUUGAACGUGGUGCUUCGUGUGUUGGGUUGGACUUCCUUGCUCACCCUUUUUGGGACAAAUACCUCGAGUUUGAGGAUCGUGUGGAGGCGCACGACAAGGACUACAAAAUUUUCUCCAUCCUUAGCCGUGUGAUCAAGAUUCCCAUGCACCAAUAUGCUCGCUAUUUUGAGAAGUUCCGUCAACUUGCUCAUGCUCGUCCUCUGGUAGAGCUCGUUCCAGCGGAUACCCUCAGUCAGUUCCGCGCCGAAGUUGAGUCGGAAAGCGCAGGCUACCAAGGUGGUCCCAAAGCAAUCUCAGAAAUGGAAAUCGAACGAGAAGUGCGAACCAAAAUCGACAACUUCUAUCUCGAGACCUUCACAAGCACACAAGCUGAAACAACGAAGCGAUGGACAUACGAAUCUGAGAUCAAGCGGCCAUAUUUCCACGUCACCGAGCUUGACUACCCUCAACUAGCUAACUGGAGGAAGUACCUGGAUUUUGAAGAGGCGGAGGGUGACUACACCAGAGUCGUAUUCCUAUACGAGCGAUGCCUUGUCACUUGCGCUUUCUACGAUGAGUUCUGGUUCAGAUAUCUCCGAUGGAUGUCUGCUCAAGAGGGCAAGCAAGAAGAGGUCAGGAACAUUUACCAGCGAGCCAGUACCAUCUACAUCCCAAUCAGUAGACCCGGGAUAAGAUUGCAAUACGCCUACUUUGAAGAGAUGUCUGAUCGCUCUGAUCUGGCCCGUGACAUUCAUGAGGCUAUUCUGGAUCGUAUGCCUGGCCAUGUCGAGACUAUCAUUUCGUGGGCCAACCUAGAGCGUCGACAACAUGGUUUAGAAGCGGCCAUUCAAGUUUACAAGGCUCAAAUUGACAACCCUAUCGUUGAUCUCUUUGCAAAAGCUGCAUUCGUCGUUGAGUGGGCAAUUCUGUUGUGGAAGAUCAAGGGAUCCGUCAACGAAGCCCGCCAAGUUUUCCAAAAGAACCAACAGUGGUACCUCCAAAGUCGUCAGUUCUGGGCAAGCUACCUUGAGUUUGAGCUUUCGCAACCCACAAGUGCUGAAAAAGAGACCGAGCACUACGAAAGAAUCAAGAAGAUCCAUGAAGACCUGGUGAAGAAGAGCGGCAUGAGCCUAUCCACGAGAAAAGAGCUUAGCAACUACUACUUCACAUAUCUCCAACAGCGUGGCACGAAAGAUGCCAUGAAGGAGUUUCUGCAAAUCGACAGAGAGCUGAACGGCCCUAUCUCGGUCCAACCAGACUACGCCAAACCCACCACAUCCGGUAAAGGUCUAGAGAAUGGCCACGCACCCAUAGUUGACGAGGCGAUCCUGCGCAAAGGAGAAGCGAGAUACAGUAACUAUUACGCUGAGCGCCGCGACGUAUCUGCCAAUGCGCAAGGCACAGCUCCCUUUGCUUAG